AUGCUCCUCGGGAUCUUCCUCGUCGCCAUGGACGGGACGAUUGUCACGUCGACAUACGCUUCGAUCGGUAGCCAGUUCGAGCAGCUGCAGAGCACCAGCUGGAUCGCGACCGGCUACAUGCUCUCCCUAACUAGCUUUCAGCCAUUGUACGGCAAAUUGAGUGACAUCUUCGGACGCAAAUCAUGUCUACUCUUCGCCUACAUCAUCUUCGCCCUCGGAUGCCUGUUCUGCGGUCUCGCACGGAAUAUGACCGAACUCGUCGCUGCCCGUGCACUUGCCGGGAUUGGUGGCGGUGGAAUGCAGACCGUAGGCACAAUUAUUAUGUCCGACAUCUCUACGCUUAGGCAACGAGGAACCCUGCAAGGGAUCGCAAAUGUCGCCUGGGCUGCCGGCCAAGCUACAGGGGCUCCGCUUGGGGGCUUCCUCGCAGAUAGCAUCGGCUGGCGCUGGGCCUUCCUCCUCCAAGUGCCCAUGACCGCCCUCGCGAUCCUCUCCGUCAGCAUCUUUCUCCGCCUCCCCCGCUCCCCGACGGGCGACCUCCGCGCCAAGUUCGCGCGCAUCGACUUUGCGGGCGCGUUCACACUCGUCGGGUCGAUCUUCCUCCUCCUCUUCGGACUCGAUCGGGGCGGGAACAUCUCGUGGAGCGACAAGAAAACCGUCGCGUCGCUUGCGUCCUCGGCUGCGUUCUUCCUGCUUUUCGUCGUGGUCGAGCUGCGGUGGGCGCGCGAGCCGUGUGCCCCCAAGCGGAUAGUGACGAACGGGUCUCUGAUCGCGAGCUACCUCGCGAACCUGUUCUCGAACGCCGCUGCGUUCACCCUCAUCUUCAGCGUGUCGCUGUACCUCCAAGCGGUGCAGGGCGCGAGCGCGGGCGAGGUCGGGCUGGUCCUCCUCCCCACCAUAUUCGGAGGGGUCGCGGGCAGUCUGGGGACCGGACUGAUCAUGCAGACGACGGGGAGGUACUACGUGCUGACCAUCUCGGCUUUCGCGCUGAUGUUCGCUGGCAACGUCGUGGUCGGGCUCGUGACCGGGCCGCUGAAGUACACGCUAGCUGGGCUCUCGAUCGGUGCGAGCCUCCCGUGUAUCGUCGCAAACAACAUCGGCAUCGGGGCAGGGGUCACGAGCACUCUCGUCGCGCUCAUCGCAAACGUGGGCCCAGCCGACCAGGCGGUCGCCACCGCCGUCUCUUACCUCUUCCGCUCGCUCGGCUCCGUCGUCGGCCUCUCGGUGGGGACCACGCUCACCAACGACGUCGUGCGCAAUAGUCUGCGCAGGCGGCUCUUGGGCGAAGGGCAUGACGUUGAGGAGAUCAUCAAGCGCGUGCGCGAAUCGCUCGGAUACUUGGACCAGCUCGAGCCCGCGGUGCGCGCGAAGGUCGUGCAUUCGUACCGGGAUGGCCUGCAGGCCGCGUUCUGGUACACGGCGACGCUGUGCGCGGUGACCACAGUCACCGCGUUCUUCGUGAAGGAAAAGCCGCUCUCGCGGUAG